AUGGCUGCUAGCCCACUGCGCGUGUGGGGUCAUAACACUUAUAUCUCGGUGUCGGUCCGGAAUGCAACCCAUCUGGUUUUCUGCACGUUUCUCUUGAGCUGUGUGGGUGUAUACCUGAUUGUCAAUAUGCGUGUGUUUCAAUUGACGACGGCCCUCGGGUCGAUCAUUGUUUCUGCGGCAGCCCUUACUCCCGAAGAGCUUAUCUCGGCACCGAGACGGGGUGAGGCUAUUCCCAAUCCAUCGGGGGAAGUCGCGCUUUUUUCCACCUCUGAGUACUCCUUCGAGACCCAUGUUACAUCUUCAUGGUGGAGUCUGCUGGAUCUGGAGACUGGAAAAGUGACUCAACUUACCAACGACAGCAAUGUCUCCGAAUUGACCUGGCUAGGGUCUACUAACUCGGGUCUGCUAUAUAUCAACGGCACUAAUGCCGAGAUUCCUGGAGGUACCGAGAUUUGGGUGUCAGAUACCUCUGAUUUUACAACUUCUGCCUACAAGGCAGCUUCGCUGCCGGCGCCGCUUUCUGGCCUCAAGACGGCCAUCACCAAGUCUGGAGAUAUUAACUUCUUGGUGUAUGGAGAGUCUUGGCCUAAUGGAACGGCGUACAAUGAAGAGCUCGUAGCUAAGCCCCUAAGCUCAGCACGUAUCUACGACAGUAUUUAUGUCCGCCACUGGGAUACCUGGCUCACGACGAGAUUCAAUGCUGUCUUUUCGGGGACCCUGAAGAAGAAGAGAGCUGGACAUGGAGCGACACCCAGCUACACCUCCAACGGAUCUCUCAAGAACCUCGUCGCAGGAGUCAAGAACCUCGAGUCACCUUACCCGCCGUUCGGCGAUUCGUCUGACUAUGCCAUCUCCCCGAACGGAAAGUUGGUUGCAUUUAAGAGCAAGGCGCCUGAGUUGCCACGUGCAAACAACACUGCUUCGUAUAUUUAUCUUGUGCCCCAUGACGGAUCAAAGAAGGCUGUGGCUAUCAAUGGCCCAGACAGUCCUGGCACACCGAAAGAUAUCAAGGGUGAUUCGAGCAGUCCUGUCUUUUCCCCAGAUGGCCGUCACCUUGCAUAUCUCCAAAUGGAAGAUAUCUCUUACGAGUCGGACCGUCGCACGGUUUAUGUUUACACCGUUGACUCCAAAGAUACUAUUCGCACAUUGGCCAAGAACUGGGACAGGUCACCUGAGGCAAUCAAGUGGACUGCUGACGGGAAAAACCUGGUUCUGAACACCGAGGAUUCUGCACGCUCUCGACUUUUCCUGUUGCCCGCCGAUGCUGGUAAUGAUUUCAAGCCUAAGAACUUCACGGACGGUGGUGCGGUGGCUGCAUACUACGGCCUGCCUAAUGGCGACUACUUGAUUUCUAGUUCCGCUAUCUAUACUAGUCGCACAGUUUACACCGCUAAGCCUGGCAAGGGCGUCACAGGUGUCAUCUUCUCUGCCAACGAAGUUGACUCCGCUCUGAAGAGUCUUGGCCCAUCAGACGUUGAUGAAUUCUACUUUAAGGGCAACUGGACAGAUUCAUACCCGCUCCUGUUCUAUAUUCAUGGUGGUCCUCAAGGCUCCUGGGCUGAUUCCUGGAGCACUCGGUGGAACUACAAGGUCUUCGCUGACCAAGGAUAUGUCGUUGUCGCACCCAACCCAACUGGUAGCACUGGGUUUGGUGAAAAACUCACCGAUGAGAUCGCGAACAAUUGGGGAAGCUACCCUUACGACGAUUUGGUCAAAUGUUGGGAGUAUGUCCGAGAUAACUUCGACUUCAUUGAUACCGAUCGCGGCGUGGCAGCUGGCGCUAGCUACGGUGGCUUCAUGAUCAACUGGAUCCAGGGUAAUCCUCUAGGUCGCGAGUUCAAGGCGCUGGCCAGCCACGAUGGCACAUUUGUGGCCGACGCAAAGGUCUCAACCGAGGAACUGUGGUUCAUGGAGCGUGAGUUCAAUGGCACGUUCUGGGACAACCGAGACAACUAUCGUCGCUGGGAUCCAUCCGCUCCAGAGCACAUUAAACAGUUCACUACCCCACAGCUCAUUAUCCAUAGUGAUUUGGAUUAUCGGCUUCCCAUCUCUGAGGGUCUGGCGCUUUUCAACGUCUUGCAAGAGCGAGGUGUACCAAGCAGACUGCUCAGCUUCCCUGAUGAAAACCAUUGGGUCAUCAACAAGGAAAACAGUCUUGUCUGGCAUCAACAGGUCCUGGGAUGGCUCAACCAGUACGCUGGCAUUGACACCCCAGGCUCUGUCAAUUUGAAUGACACUACAAUUCCUGUUGUAGAUUACAAUCCUUAA